GCUGUGAGGGAAGGGAGUCCUCUGGGGUCGAGGCGGGGAGGCGUGAAGAAGAGCCAGGGAGGGAGGGAGGGAGGGAGGAGGAGGAGACCAGCUUGGGGAAACCAGCCUCUCAUUAGCAUGGAGGGAGGAGAGGCGGAGGGCGCCUCUUCCUCGGUGCAAAGCGCUCCUUUCCCUCUGGAGCCAUGGCCAGGGCGCCAGUCCUCUUGCUCUGCCUCGCAGUGGGCGCCUCCUUCGCCUCAGUGCCUUAUCCUGGAAAGUCCACCCAAUCAUUCACCAAAGAUGCAUUUGGACCAGUGAACUCCUUGGCUGGCCAGAGUAAAUCUAUCUCCAGAGAUGGCAACAGCAUUAGCAGGGAUGAGCCCAUGGAAGGCCAGCCCUUGCCUCCGGUUGCCAGUCAAAAAGUGAAAGAUGCAAAAACACACUUGCAGCCCUUGGAUAAAAGGAAGAAGAUCAAAAAUUCAGUAGAGAACUACACCGGUGUGAGGAAGCAGCCUGUUUCACAAGGCAAAGCCCUUCCUUCCAGCAGCCAUGUGGAGGAUACCGCUUCCACCUCUUCCUUCAUCCAGACCAACCGAAUACAUACAAAUAGGUUCCAGCUGGAGGCUGCCAAUAGCAUCUCUGCCCAGUUCCAUCCAUUAGUGUAUCUCUAUCACAACCGACUGCCGGCAGAAGCAACAUCAAAAAGUGUUGAGCCUGGCACUGGGCAACAGUCUGGUGGCUUGGAUCACCUCAACCGACCUGGCAAGGUAAACCCCAACUCCAAACUCAACACUUCCUUCAGAAAUGCUACUAAGCCCUCCCGGCUACAGAGCUGGCCACCUCACUUCAGUGUCUUAAAGAAUGCUGCAGAUAGUACCGAAAUGUGCUUGAAUGACUGCAGGAUGGAGCGUGAGGAGAUGGAGUCCUACUGUAGUAAUGAAUUUGUGGUUAACGGGAUCGUGCAUGAUAUUACCACAAUACACGAAGGAACGUGUUUGGUGACACUGUUGGUCAACAGUAACGGACUGUAUAAGACAAAUCGCCUGUACCUCAACCCUGAUGGCUUCUUCUUCUUCCGAGUUCACAUGCUAGUUGUGGAUGCCUUAAACUGCAGCAAACCUUGUCCAGACUUCAGACUUGGAAGCCGAUACAUUGUGAUGGGCCAGCUCUACCACAGGAGGCGGCAACUCCCCGCAGUUCUGCAAGAGCCUGUGAGAGGACGCUUGAGGCCAGGAGACGGCCUGCUUUGGAGGGGCAAGAGCUAUGUGAAAAGGUUCAACCGGAGGAGGAACCUGAAAGUUCAAAGAGCAGUGCACACCAAAUGUGGAUGAGGAUGCAUCACAGACACAGGUCUUCCAGGGCGCGGGAAGGUUGGGCUGAUGCUGGACAAAGAGAAGAUUGGUUUUUGCCCCCUCAAGUUCAGAGGAAGAGGUCUUCAGUGGAAGAAAAGGAGACACUGUUACUGAGGCAUGAGCAGCUAUUGGCUUCCACUACCUACCAGCUGAUGCCCUCAUAAAAAUUACAGUAAACAAUUUGGGUUUCAAUCCACAACUGUUGCUGUUCUGUAUCUGCUUUUAACACAGCAUUAAUAUAUGUCAGAAUAGUUAAGCUGGAUUCUGUAGUCACACAACUUCUCAUAGUCUUGUCCUCCAGCAAGGAUAACUUUGGAUACAAAAGAGGAGGAAGAAGAGGUGUCUGCUUAUGGAAUCAGGCCUUUCCCCAUCUUUGUGAUCUUUCAGAAAGACUUCCUACUCUGCUGGGGAAGAUGCAGAUGGAGUGUGGUCCAGAGGCCAGAAUGAGAAUGGGGUUCAUAGAAGUUAGGGAUCUUGCACAAACCAUGUCAUCAUUCACCUUUGACUGCUAUCUACAGAAGCCAUUUUUGUUGGGAAUGUCUGCCAACGCUGUAUGCGCACAUCAGAUUUUCUAUUGCAAAUACUCUUGAGCCAAGCAAAAUAUUAUGUGGGUUGUUGUAGGGGUUUUUUGGGCUAUAUGGCCAUGUUCUAGAGCAGGGGUCCUCAAACUAUGGCCGGAUACGUCCCUCCAAGGUCAUUUACCUGGCCCUUGCUCACAGUCAACCUAAGUCUGACGUGACUUGAAAGCACACAACAACAACAACCUUAUCAGCAAAAAGCAAGCCAACACUUCCCAUUAAAAUCAGUUUAUAUUCGUUAAAAUUCAUUUUAAUUAUUGUAUUGUUUUGAAGUGUUUGUUUUGUUUUUUUGCACCACCAAUAAGAUAUGUGCAGUGUGCAUAGGAAUUCAUUCAUAGAAUCAUAGAAUCAAAGAGUUGGAAGAGACCUCAUGGGCCAUCCAGAAAAACUCCCUGCCAAGAAGCAGGAAUGUUGCAUUCAAAGCAUCCCUGACAGAUGGCCAUCCAGCCUGUUUAAAAGCUUCCAAAGAAGGAGCCUCCACCACACUCCGGGACAGAGAGUUCCACUGCUGAACGGCUCUCAUAGUCAGGAAGUUCUUCCUCAUGUUCAGAUGGAAUCUCCUUUCUUGUAGUUUGAAGGCAUUGUUCCUUGUCCUAAUCUCCAUGGAAGCAGUAAACAAGCUUGCUCCCUCCUCCCUGUGGCUUCCUCUCACAUAUUUAUACAUGGCUAUCAUAUCGCCUCUCAUCCUUCUCUUCUUCAGGCUAAACAUGCCCAGCUCCUUAAGCCGCUCCUCAUAGGGCUUGUUCUCCAGACCCUUGAUAAUUUUAGUCGCCCUCUUCUUGACAUAUUCCAGCUUUUCGAUAUUUCUCUUGAAUGUUUUUUUUUUCCAAAUUAUAAUCCGGCCUUCCAACAGUUUGAGGUAGUGUGACCUGGCUCUCUGUUUAAAAGGUUUGAAGACCCCUGUUCUAGAGGCAUUCUCUCCUGACAUUUCGCCUGCAUCUAUGGCAAGCAUCCUCAGAGGUAAGCAUCUAUGGCAAGCAUCCUCUGAGGAUGCUUGCCAUAGAUGCAGGCGAAAUGUCAGGAGAGAAUGCCUCUAGAACAUGGCCAUAUAGCCCGAAAAAACCUACAACAACCCAGUGAUUCUGGCCAUGAAAGCCUUCGACUAUACAAAAUAUUAUGUGGUUAUUACAGUUCUCCAGUUCUGCAUACUUUUUUGGGGAGUCUUCAAACAAAUAAUGUACCAAAAUAUUUAAUUUUCCGUUCAGUUUGAGUAAUGGAAGUGCUUAAAUACCGUUUACCUUUCACAGAAAUCAAUAACAUAGUCAAUAUAUUUUCUUGGUAGUGCUUUAAGAGAGUGUUUGGCUCAGAUAGUGGUUUGACUAGGCUAAUUAAUACUAAAUGUUCAUUUUGUAUGAUGGCAAUGUCUUAAAAAAAUGUUGUUAUAAUCAUCACCACAAUCAGGAAAUAAAUAAUGAAUAGGGGUUAUUGUUACCAGGAUGGAUACAUAUGGGAACAGGGCAAGUACAGCAUAUAUAACUAGGGAGAAAUGCAGUGCUACAGCUCAAAGCAAAUGAAUGGAUGCACAACCAAAUUUUAAUUUUGGACAAGAAUAAUAACGCCAUAGAGAGUUUGCUUAAUGAGACAUGGAGAGGGAAUAGAAGAAUUCAUUAGCAUGCCUUGCCAUUUGAAAAUCUGUUAAAAACACUCGGAUGCAAGCCAUGGCUGGAAUCUUGUAUCAAGGCUGUAAAAUUAGUGGCGGCACAUUAUUCAGGAACAUCUCUGCUAGAACUUUUGUGGAAUGUAAUAGCUUCACAUAUGUUCUAAGGGAAGGAAGGGAGUUGUGACUGAUGUGGAAAAAUGGCACAUUUGCAAUGAAGAUGUCAGAAUUGAACAUUUUCCAAGACACUUUGAAUGAAGGCAUUUUGUCAAAAGGGGCACUUCCUGGCAGUCGCUUGGCCCAAGAUGAGGAGUAGGAGGAUGGGAGGGCAGCUUGCAUACAACUCUUCCCCACAUUUAUUUCUCUGGAUUCUGUCCUAUAUUUAACUCAGAUCUGAAUGCCAGGGAUAGUAGAGUCUUCCAUUAUGUGCUGUUGUAGCAGCACUGUUUUUUCAUAAUCUUGCUUUCCAGGGGAAACCACCAUCAACAUAAAGUAUGUCAUUUGGCAAAAGGGACUUCAAUAGAGUUAAACGAAUAACCAAGACAGGUUUUAGAAAAUAUUUUGGUUGGAUUUGAAAUCUUGAUUUGGUAUAUACAUUUAAGUUCCUACAAGCUACAAAAUUAACAUUAGAUUUACAAGAGUAAUUAUAACUAAAUUUUGUUAGUUGGCAAGAUAGGAAAAUAAAACUGAGAAGUCAAUGGGCAUGGUUGAAAAAGCAUUUUGAAUUCCAGCCUGUGAUGCGGCUGCACAAGGGAUAUAAUCCAUGUGAUUGUGGAUAUCUUCUCUGCAGCAUCCAAAGAAAUCCCAUGUUGCCGAACAAAUACUGUUGUUGGAACUCAAUCUCAAUCCCCUUUUGCCGAUGACAGCAUCCCAUGUAGACUGAGUGAAUCUUCCAAUACUAAACUUUGUAUGAUAUCUACUGAAGAUUGGUGAAAACAAGCUUUCCCCUUCUUUAGGAAUGAAACGGAAAGCCUGAAUUGAAAAACUGAGCUAAAUACAUUGCUUUUGUUGAAUCCCCUUGGAUUUCUCUCAUAACAUUUUGGUGUACAAACUUGUCAAAAGGGAGGAAAUAAAAAGAUGGCUCUUUCCAACUGUUCUGAAAA